CAUCACAGAGGACAGGUGACAAUGGGAGCUGUCCCCAGGUACAACAGCAGGCAGCCCCAAGGCAGUUGGACUUGGGUGAUCAGCCAUGGAUUCAGCAACUGUGCUCCUCCUGGCUGUGCUGGCCGUCCUGCCCGAGCCCACGCAGGAUGGCCAGAGCGAUGCAGUCACUGUCCAGCGGAUGAAGGAACGGCAGAUUUUUCUAGAGGAGAAGAUGACCGAGCUGUGGGAGGACAUCGAGUGGAGGAGGGCCCUGCUAGAAGUUCCACUGCUUUGGAUCUUGCAGCACUGGCUCUUCUGGGUGGCUGCAGCAGCUGUGCUCUGCUGGCUGGCCUGGCAAAGGGAGAAGGCCUCUCGCUGGGAGCAGGACCGCUCCAGAGGAGAGGAGGAAGAUGAGCUGAGCAGAGCAGCAGGUACUGUCAGGCCUUUUGCAGAGCUCAGCCUGUCACCACUGCAGGAACUGCCCUACAUGGGCCGGAGCCUGAAGAAGCUUGUGCGGGACCUCCUGGAGGUGUGCCAAGUGCUCUCCCAGAACACCUUCAUGCCAGAGCUGCACCCGGCCACUGGCAAGCAGGGCCCCCUCGAGUCCUGGAGUGACCUGGGGCACUGCAUCCUCUACCAGCUGCUUGUCUUCCUGAGGCCACCCCCCAGGCACUCUUUCCGCCUGCAGCUGCCCGAGGACGGGAUGGAUGUGCCAGAGAGGUGCUGCCACAUCCGUGUGCUGCUGGAGUGCUCGUGCUCCAGGAUGACGGGGGACACCUUGUGCUUUGUCCACCCCACGCACAACAAUCAACCCUCGCCCCUGGUGCACACCCUCUGCACAGACUCCUACUUGGAGGGGAAGAAAAUCACUGGCUGGGUGCAGAGUUUGGUGGAAUCAGCUUGGGAGCGUUUGCCUCAGUGGCACGACUGGCAGCUCCAGGUGCUGCCCUCCUCCAGCUCCUGCAUGCUCCUGCUGACCGGCCCCUGCCAGGUGCAGCUCUGCGCUGUGCUGCUCUUGGCACUGCAGCAGGGCCGCCCAGGCACCUUCCUGCUCCUGGAAUAG